CACUUCCAUCACCAUGAGGGCGACAGUGGCAGCUCUUCUGCUGUGUCUUGUGGUAUCAGCAUGCCGCAGCCAAGAAACUCCACCUGGCCCUCCUGGACCAACUGAAGGGCCACAACCAACUGGUCCACCAGGUCCACCAACCGGAGGUCCUGAUCCAACUGGUCAACCAACUGGAGGUCCUGAACCAACUGGAGGGCCACAACCAACUGGUCCACCAGGGCCACCAACCGAAGGUCCUGAUCCAACUGGUCAACCAACCGGAGGUCCUGAACCAACUGGACCACCAGGUCCACCAACUGGAGGUCCUGAACCAACUGGAGAGCCCCAACCAACUGGAGGGCCACAACCAACUGGUGAACCUCAGCCUACUGGAGGUCCUCAACCUACUGGACCGCCAGGGCCACCUGGUGGCCUUUUCUAGCCUGGUGUUUUCUAGUGAUGCAAGAUUAUCGCACCUGGAAACGUUAAAGGAUUUCAGCUUUUACUUUUAUAGUUGACCUUAACUGCGUUAAUUGAUGGAAGUGUUCUUAUGUGUCAUAAAAAUCAAUUGUGAUUAAACCAGCAAUGAAAAAGCUC